UAGAUUUAACAACUGUAUUAUGGUUAUAGAUUAGAUUCUAUUUGGAAAGCAAUUAAGUUUGAUAAUUAAAAUUAGAAUAAUAUGUGGUUAUAAAUCUAAGACAUUUUGGUGGCACAUAAUUAUGAUGGUAUGACUUAUAAGACAAGUAUAAAUACAACAUAUAUAGAUUACCCUAUUCCUCCGAAUUGCCCUUAUUAUGGUACUUAUAAUUUUGAUAUCAGAUGUAGGUUUUAUUAUAAACCAACUAUGGACGAUAUAUCUACAGUUCUUUUUGAUCCUUAAGUUUUUUAUGCUAGUGCUUAACCUUAUUUAGCAAGUAUUUUUUGCCAGAGGAGAUUGAGGUAUUUUAGCUAAGAUCCAAACUCAGAGGCAGAAAAAUAUUCUAUGCUAUGCAUAACUUUAGAUUUAACUUAAACUCCUAAAUAUUUUUAAAAUUUUGGAUAAAACUCUAAAUUUUAAAUUAUUCUGGAUCCAAGAAAACUUACAGUUGUUUACGAUUCUAUAAUAAAUAUUAAAAGAGAUUAAAUCUUAAAUAUUUAAUAAGCAGAAACAUAUUACCUGCAAGAUUAAAGCUAGUCAAAAAUUAUAAUUGAAAAUAUAAGUAUGAUGUCUCAAUACAUUCUAGACCAGAAAGAUAAUAUAAAUGAGCUUUAGUUAGAUUCAUAGUAAAUUUAGAGAACAUUCUAAUACAACAGAAAUGGGACUGAGUGUUUUGUAAUUCAAAAUCUCAUCACUAUGGUUGACAAGAUUCCUAGUUUUGAAGUAUUAAAGAGAGGAAGUGCUUUUAAAAAAUUUUAGCUCAAAAGCGCUUUUAUCUUUUUGGAUGUUCUCUCGAAAGAGAAAAUGAUUUAGUAUUCUAAUGACCUUCAAAUAAAGAUAAAAUACUACAAUUAAAUAUUUAGCUACUGUUGUUGGGUUUUAAUAAUAUUGGCUACCAUUUUUUAGAUUUACUUUUCAAUAAUCCUAGGGCGAUUAUUAAUUCAUCCUAUUAUUCACUUAACAAAUAUAUUAAAGUAAAUCAAAAUUAAAAACCAAAGCAUUUAGUAAUAGAGUAAUAAUUUAAUCAAAGAUUCCUUGCAUACUGGAUAUCAAACACUAAAUACAAAUUUUAAGAGCUAAAAAGACACCUAUUAUUAAAAUGCUUCAAUAUUGAGUUUUGAAGAUUAAAUACAAUUUGAAUUUAACAUAAAUUUAGAUUUUGAUAAUAUUUGCUUUUCUAGAGAUACGUAGGAGUUGUUAAACAGCUUCUAAAAUAUGCUUAAAAUUUUAAAAUUUACUAACUCAAAUAUACUUAAAUAAAAUGAGAGUACUUCUCUAUUGAAUCUUAAUAUGCAAGUUCAGUACUUUGAAAAAUUUUGUAAUUAUAGAGCAUUAGGAGUGUGUUAUAAUAAUAUAGGAGUAAUUCAUUACAACAGCGGUAGAUAUUAAGAAUCUGUAGAAAAUUUUCAAAAAGCUGUUAUAUUUGCUAAAUACGAGCUAAAUGUCUAUAACCAAUAAAAUGUAAAAGAAGAACUUUCUUAGUAAAUAAAGAGGUUCGCUUCAAUUUUUAAUAUGAAUAUCCUUGAAAACAAAAAUAAAAAUAAUUUCUUAGAUGACAAUAGCGAACAAAAAAAUAAAAUUUUGAAAUUAAGUUUUGAUAAAUAUAAUCAGAUCGAUGAAAAAGAAUAAAUUCAAUUCUAAUUUGAAGAUAUAGUUGAAAAUGAAUAACUCUACUGGAAUCUAUUUAAUAGAAAAGAAAAUUUACUUAAAUCCCUAUCAAACUAUUUAAAUUAUAAUUCUGGUUUAUGGGAUAUUUACUAUGAGCUUGCUAAAGAAAAUGCUAUAAUUAGUAAAAUGUUUCUUCCUCCCUCUUUUAAAAGAGAAAUGUUUAAUUACUAUCCAAUAUUAAUUUCAUGCUUCAAAUCUAAAGACAUGGAAAAUGCUAAGGAUAUAUUAAAAAAAAUAAGUAUAUUAUAUAUAAAAAACUAUGAAAAAAAAAAUAACUAAAAUGAAAUAAAUUCAGAAAAACCUAAAACAAUCUCAAACUUUGCAAAUAAAAUGUUAGCUCUUCAAAAUAAUUUGUUAAUCUAGAAUACUCAAGAUUCAUUAUUUCUCUAAAAAAAGUUAUCUGAAUACAGUAAUUAAGUUAGUGAAAUUAAUGCUUCAUAAGUUUUAAUGUCUCCUAUUAAGAAGUCUACAGUAAAAAAGUAAAUAUUAAAAUUUAAAGAGGUGUUAGAAAAGGAAUAAAUUUACAGCUAUAGUAAUUAAAAGCGAUUAUCAAGUCUAGCUGAAGGAGUUUUUGAUAGUGCUCAGUAUCACUAAACUUAAAAACAGCAAGCAAAGCAAACAUAAAAAAAUAUACCUGUCUCAAUCCUUUAAAAUCAAGAAGCUAAUUUUAAAGUAAAAAAAUAAUAAAUUUACUAAAAUGAUCCAAAUAAGAAAGCAACAAAAUAAUCAUUUUUUUAAAAACAAUACAAUACAAAUUAGUAGCAUAGUUAACUAAGUGAAAGAAAUAAUAAAAAAGCCACACUGAUAAUCUAAAAAGAAAAUCAAAAAAAUCCAAGGAAAUCAAACUUUUAAAAUUUCAUACAACUACAUAUUCUCUCUAACACAAAUAAGAAGUUUUUAUCUUUUUACAAAGUUAGGAAAUGCAAAAAUUCAGAUAAAGUUUCUAAAUAUGAAUUUAGCUCAGAUGUAAAUUUUAUGUAUUACGCAUUGAAUUAGGCUUAGUUUUUAGUGUAAAGCUAAAAUUUUUCUAAAGCUGCAACAAUUUUAACUAAUUCCUUAGAAUCUUGUAAAUACUAUUUACCUCACUUGAAGGAGUAGGCUUUAAACAUUUUAUCUGAUAUAUUUUGUAGAAAAAAUAUUUUUGCUGAAGAGUUAGAAGAAAUGAAAAAUUCCUAUUAGUCGUUAAUAAAUUGCAAUUUUCAUGUCUAUAUUAUAUCAGCUUGCCAGUAAUGGAAGGGAAACAAAAAAAUUUGUAAAAUAAGUUCAGACCUGCUCAAAGAUAUUCUGUUUAAAGAUUAAGAUUCUUUCGGAUUAAUAAGUUAUUCUUUUUCUGAAAGUAUAUUUGAACAGUUUAUGGCUUAAAUAUAUAUUCAGGUCAUAAAAUCCUAUCCACAUUUACUCGAGCUAUUGCUCAUAUCUUAUACUCAAAAAUACAUUUAGAAUGAUUCUCAUAACAGAAAUUUAGGGUUAUAAUAUUAAAUAAAUAAUAACACAGGAAUUUAAGAAGAAGAUAUAAAGAAUAAAUUAGAUAAAAGUGGCUCUUAUUAUAAGUAAUACACGAAGUAAUAUUUAGAAGAUUAUUUUUUAAAUCAAGGACCUAAAUAUAAUUUGCUUAAUUGCUCAUUAGAUAUAAAUGAAAAUACUAACAGGAAUAAUAAAACAUUGUCAAUCAAGUAAAGGCCAUUAGAAAAUGAGUUAAGUAAAAAAAAGAAUUUUUAAGAAUUUAAUAUUGGAGAAGAAUCACCAAUAAUGUUUGAUAAAAUUGAAAGCCAAUAAAAAUUUUUUUAAUAAUAAUGCUUUGAGUCAUCUCCUUGUAAACUAAUAAAUAGUGGCGAAAGUGAUCGUUUUAGAAAUCGUACAUAAAUUCUUAAUUAACCUUUUCAUUUAGAUUAUUAGUCCUCAAAUGCAUAGAAAGAUAUCUUCAAAAAUGAUUAACCAAAUGGGGAAGAAUAUUUAGAUUUUGAUUAAUUAAGCAAGUAAAAUACAAGCUUAAAAUAGCAUUCUUCAAAAACAAAUCUUAAUAUAUUUAAUGAAACAUAUUCAAAUAAAUUUAAUGGUAUUAAAUGGCCUAAAUCUAAUUAAAAUAAUUUUAUUAGCCCAUACAUUUAAACGAAAAAUUAAAAAAAUUAUUUUUAAUAAAAUUAAUACAAUUAUUUAAUUAAUAAUUAAUUUUAAUCAGAAAACUAAGACACUAAUUAAAAUAAUAAUGGCAAACAAGAAAAUUAAGUUAAAGAUGAAAAUGAUUUUUACCAUUAAGCCAAAUAAAAUUAGUAAUAGUUUAACAGCAAAAAGGUUAAUUAAAGCUCAGAGGAAAUAUUCCACCUAGGAAUACAUGCAGCUCUAAAAUAAUUCAUUUUGUGUACUAAAGAAAAAAUAAAUAUUUAUCUUUCUUUGAAAAAAUAUAAAGAGAGCUAAAAAAAUAAACAAUUUUAGCUUUAAAAAUAAAACUAGACAAUUUUAAUUUAUAUCACAGAUCUGCAACUGUAAUUUAAAAAUGGUGAAUUUAUAAAUGAGUUGAGCCAGCUUUUGCUUAAUCUAGAUAUUUAAUUGUUAGUUUUAGUGUUAAAUUAGCAACAAUAAACUUAUGAGCAUGACAAACUUCAAGAUAUAAUAAUUUCUGGAAAAAAUAUUAUCAAAUUUUUUAACAGUUAAUAAAAGCUACUCCAAUAUAUUUACAAUCAAAGAGAGCAUAUUAAAAAUAAUCUUAUGCCAAUGAUGAUAGAAUAUUUUUGA